AUGAUGUCAAACAAUUCAACUAUCUCAGGAUUCUUCAUUUUAAGGCUGUCAGACAUCUAUGAAUGGCAAGUUGCCCUGGGAUUUAUUUUAUUAAUCAUUUACAUGGAAGCUGUUUUGAGUAAUAUUGCCAUUCUAUGGGUGACGUUGUGUGAUUCACACCUCAAAACUCCCAUGUACUUUUUCCUUGGAAAUCUAGCAUUCCUUGAUAUUGGCUAUAUCUCAGUCACUAUUCCUAAAAUGCUAGUGACUCUUCUAACUAAUAAUGACUACAUUUCCUACUUUGGUUGCCUUAAUCAACUAUAUUUUUAUGUCUUUUUAGAAGGUACUGAAGCUUUCCUAUUAACAGUCAUGGCAUACGAUCGAUAUGUAGCCAUAUGUUCACCAUUGCAUUAUAAAUGUAUAAUGAAUGGAAACAUGUGUAUUUUGCUGGCAUUCCUUUCUUGGAUUAGUGGCAGUUUGAAUGCUUCAAUUCAUACAGCUCUAACAUUUUGUCUUCCCUUUUGCAAUUCUCAUAAAAUCAACCACUUUUUCUGUGACAUUCCACCUCUUCUGCGUCUUUCCUGUAUAGAGACAUCAGUCAAUGAAUUGGUCCUUUUUACUGUAGGAGGUGUUUGGGUAGGCCUCAGCCCUUUCCUUUUCAUUAUAAUUUCUUAUUCAUUUAUCCUAAACUCUAUUACAAAAAUUAAUUCUUCAGAUGGGAGACAAAAGACUUUCUCUACUUGUUCAUCACAUGUCACAGUUGUGGCACUAUUUUUUGGGUCUAGUCUUUUCACUUACAUACAGCCAAACUAUAAUAAUUCUUCAAUCGAGAAUAGAGUGGUAUCUGUAAUAUAUAGCAUUGUAACACCUGCACUAAAUCCUGUCAUAUACAGUCUGAGGAGUAAUAAUGUUAAGCAAGCUCUAAAAAAAUGGGCUACAACUCCCACUUUUUACUACUACUUGGAUACAUGUCACUUCCAUGUCCUAGUAUAUCCAGUUUCGGAGCACUUACUCAGUUCAAGCAGCCCCCAUUGGAAAAGAACACUUGGCCAGUGGCCCCCCAGAUACUUUGAGUUUUAUACCCCUGAUGUAGAGGCAUACAGAGACAUGCAGGCUCACACCAUGUAUUCCUCUACAUUGACUACAAUAAAGUACUACACUUCAAUGACCUCGUAUGUGGAUUUAACCUUUAUUCACUUGUCUAUGGAGCUUGGGAAGCUUCCUGAUCCACUAUGUGCCGUUAUCAUCUUGUCCUAUAAGGAUACUCCAUCCGGUCACAUGACCUAA